UGUCGCGCAACCACAACAGUAUAAAGUACACCACAGCCUCGGCUGUCUGGUGCAGUUGCAGCAAAAUCAUGGCUCUUCAAUGGAGGACAGACAUUUUUUCCACCUUCCUCCUUAUCGUCUUCUUCUUAAUUUCCCCAAUUUCAUCGCUUCAAUCCGCCAUUAAUGUCUGGCCAAAACCAAGAGUCUUCAAUUGGCCCGAUCCCCAAGCCGCUCUUCUUUCCCCCAAUUUCAUCAUCAUUUCCCCUCGCCACCACUACUUCUCCUCCGCCGUCGAUCGUCACCUCCGCCGCAUUCUCACUGAGAAACACCGCCCCCUCGUUGACCCUUCAGUCAACAUCUCCUCCUCUGCCUCUCCCUUGCAGAAACUCACCGUCUCCGUCGCCGAUCUCUCUGCCCCACUCCAGAAUGGGGUCAACGAAUCAUAUUCUCUCCACAUUUCCCUCACCGGCUCCGCCAAUUUGGUCUCGUCUACGGUCUGGGGCGCCAUGAGAGGCCUCGAGACGUUCUCUCAGCUUGUUUGGGGCGACCCACUUAGAGUCCCGGUGGGGGUUUCGAUUUGGGAUGCGCCAUUGUUUCAACAUAGAGGGUUGAUUCUCGAUACGUCGAGGAAUUACUAUGGAGUGGAGCAUAUUUUACGGACGAUUGAGGCGAUGGGUAUGAAUAAGCUUAAUGUUUUCCAUUGGCAUAUAACCGACUCACAUUCUUUCCCUCUUGUGCUGCCAUUGGAGCCGGAGCUUGGUGCUAAAGGGGCUUAUAGAGAUGAUAUGAUAUAUUCCCCUGAAGAUGUUCGACGAAUUGUCAAGUUCGGAAUGGAACACGGAGUUCGAGUCAUGCCGGAAAUUGACUCCCCUGGACAUACUGGCUCAUGGGCUCUGGCUUACCCUGAGAUAGUGUCAUGUGCAAAUAUGUUCUGGUUACCUGCAGGGUACAAAUGGGAAGACCGGCUGGCUUCAGAGCCAGGGACUGGCCAUUUGAAUCCCUUGAACCCCAAGACGUAUGAAGUCCUAAAAAACGUCGUUCGGGACGUCGUCGAUCUUUUCCCCGAAUCGUUUUACCACUCGGGCGUGGAUGAGAUUGUCCCGGGAUGUUGGAAGGCUGAUCCAUUGAUCAAAUCCUUCUUAUCAAAUGGUGGAACUCUCAGCCAAGUUCUUGAGAUCUUUGUCAACACCACCUUCCCUUUCAUUCACUCCCUUAACCGAACCGUCGUCUAUUGGGAAGACGUAUUGCUCGACGACAUAGUCAGAGUUCGACCAGAGUUUCUCCCUCGUGAGAACAUCAUCUUGCAGACUUGGAACAAUGGUGUUAACAAUACCAAACGAAUCGUUUCUUCAGGGUAUCGAGCAAUCGUUUCGUCAUCGGAAUACUAUUAUUUGGACUGUGGCCAUGGUGACUUUCUUGGAAACAAUAGUCAGUAUGAUGAACAAGCAAAUGGUGAGUAUAAAGAUGGAGGGUCAUGGUGUGGACCUUUCAAAACAUGGCAAACUAUAUAUAACUACGACAUAACUUAUAAACUGAGUGAAGAGGAAGCUAAAUUGGUGUUGGGCGGGGAAGUGGCAUUGUGGUCUGAACAAGCCGACCCAACGGUGCUGGAUGCUCGGCUAUGGCCUCGCACUUCAGCAAUGGCGGAGUCACUAUGGUCUGGAAACCGAGACGAAAGCGGUAAGAAGAGGUACGCCGAGGCAACAGACCGUUUGAAUGAAUGGAGAAAUAGAAUGGUGAAGAGAGGCAUCGGAGCCGAACCAAUUCAACCACUCUGGUGCGCUCGAAACCCCGGCAUGUGUAAUACUGUUCAAAAGAUAUAAUAGUUCUAUACCGAUGAAUCUUUCCAUGGAUCAUAUCUUAUUCUUUUAAGAACAUAGGAUACAGGAAAGACAUCAAAAUCAAUAAUAUUUUAUCACUUACUUA